CCACGGCAUUUGGCACCCUGACUGGACUUCAUUCAACAGCAAGAGUAACAACGUCGCGCAAGACCAUAGCUAAUACGCCAGACCCUUUUCAAGCUGGAAUUCCCCCUUGCACUAACGUGUCUUUCCAAAACAGAACCAUGGUAGAGCAAGGCGGAGGCAGAGCCCCGCAUGACCACCACUCGGCGCCCGCACUCAAGAGAAAAAGAGGUCCCAGCGACUAUGCUGCUGCGCACCACACCCAUGACGAGACGCAAGAGCAGACUCAAAUCGAGCGGCUGCCAUUCGAAGGGGGCUUGCUAAGCCAACAAGCCCACAAUCAAGUUUGCUUCAAGAACAAUGGUCCAAACCACAAGGAUCACCUCGAGCUUAUCGGCCGCGGCAACUCUGCGGUUAACUGGAUUGCCCCAGAAAGGCAGAUCAAGAAACCUGGGCUUCAGCUUGUGGCCAAGAUUGCACUGGAUGAUGACAGCUUUGAGGCUUUCAGAAAGACGAUUCAAAGAGAGGCUCGCGGGGCCGGCGGUGUCUUGGCCAAUAUCUGGGUUCAGAUCCACGAGCCGCCGACCAGCGAGGAAGAGACGCCCACUGUCGUCAACGGACAGUCAACUGCGGCUGAUAUCGCCGACAAAGAGUCACCUGCUCCCGUUGUCACGGAAGAAAUUCCGGUACAAGGCGGUUCCCGCCCGUUGAGUAUUGGCCCUCCUGAUCAGUUCCGAUUCGGUUCUCCUUCGUCGUUCACUGGCACUCCAUUUGCCAAGAACCCAUACGCCGUGCAGUUUGCGAAUACUGGAAUGCUUCC